AUGAGGAAGGUGCACAAGGAUCUGGUGGAGAAGGGUUUCAUGAUCAAGCUGGAUGACAUGCCUGAGGACAAGAAAGGGUUAAUAAUGAAUGCUGAGUUCAAACACUUCAAUCCUUGGAGGUUGGUGAUGAAGAUGGACUCAGUUACAACGCCUGUGAGGAUGGUGGUCGACCCCUCCAUGACCAGGAUGAACAAGAUAUUGGCAAAAGGAGAGAACAGAAUUGGCCUGAUUUUCAUAAUGGUAAGGUGUAGAUGUACAGAAUUUAUCUGGAGCUCAGAUAUCAGCAAGCUGUACAAUCAACUGUACAUGGAUGAUCCAUCACUACCAUUCUCCUUAUUCCUGUACAGGGAAGAAUUGGAUAAGGAAAAGGAACCAGAGGUCUGGGUCAUGGUCCGAGCAUGGUACGGUAUAGUUAGUACUGGAGGUCAAGCAGGUUUUGCGCUGGAUAAACUGACGGAGAUGCUAGCAGAGAAAUAUCCAGGAGCCUAUAAGAGCUUGAGAGAGGAUAGGUACGUGGAUGAUAUUCUAUCUGGAGAGGAUUCCAAGCAGAGAAGGGAAGAACAGAUUGAAGCAGUGCAGGAAGUUCUGAAGAGAGGAGGUUUUUCUUUAAAAUUUAUCGCAAGGAGCGGAGAAAAACCAUCUGAGAAAGCAAGCACGGAUGGAGAAACCAUGAAACUACUAGGAUAUAAGUGGGACCCGGAGAAGGAUGAGCUAUCACCAGGGAUAGGAGAACUGAAUUUGAACAAGAAACUUAGAGGAGAACGUAAACCAAACCUAGAACCAGUCAAGACCAGAUUAGAUGCAGAGAAGUUACUGAGUGGAGUCAAAUUAACCAGGAGCCUGAUAGUUGGAAAAAUAUCAGAGUUAUUUGAUCCUUGUGGUUUUUUUGAGCCAAUAAAACUCCAAAUGAAGCUGCAAACUCCAAAUGAAGCUGCAAACAAGUUCAUUGAAAGGGUGGAAACCAGCCCAGGCAUGUGGUCGUGCUCUCUCCUAGCCGCUAAAUCAAAGCUGAUGAAGGAAACCAUCCCCAGGAACGAGUUAUCAGCGAUACUACUGUGCACAGAAUUGGCUUUUAUGGUUAAAUCUUCCUUGGGAUCAGAGGUAGAAGAGGUGAUUUACUUAACUGAUUCAACAAUUGCCCUGAGUUGGUGCAGUAGCGAAACCAUCAAGUUGAGGUUAUUUGUGUACAAUAGAGUCAUGACAAUCUUACGAUUGUUAGAAUGGACUACUGGAACAAUGGAGGAAGUUUUAUUUCACAUAGAUGGGUCUCAGAAUUUGGCGGAUUUACUGACAAAGGAGCACGAUAUAGGGAUAGAAACAGUUUCCAAAGGAUCGUGCUGGAUUGAAGGAUUGCCUUGGAUGAAGAAGGACAAAAAGGAGAUGCCCAUAACUUCGUACAAGGAAUUCAAACUGGACAAGAAGACAGCGGAUAAUGUUCAGCAAGAGUGUUUUCCAGACUCAUUUUUGAAGGAAUUUUCUACAAACUCGGAAGAAGUCCAGGAAGAACUCCUAGAUGGUGAUGAACCUCCUCUUGCUCUUGCAGCUUUGGCGGCCAGGGCGGGGAGGGGUGUAGCAGGGCUACUAGUGGAUCCUGUAUUUCACGGUUGGAUAAAAGCUCUGAGGAUAACAGGAUAUAUGCAAGGAUGGAAAACCAGCUAUCUCCGCAGUAAACAUUUAAUUCAAGAUGAAGUGUGCAGGAUUUGUGUACUGGGAGAUCAUAGAUGGGACCCGAGGAAUGAAACUGAGAAAGCAGAGGUUCUUUAG